UUAUGUGCAUUUUAAGGGGAACAACCAUAUGGUACGCCCCUACAACAUCGCACGAAACGACCGGCAAUGACUGUCUCCUCCAUUCCACUCUCGCUUCCCGCUGGUCACCGUGGAAGCCUAUAAACAGUCUCCGUCACCCCGCCCAAGCUGUUCCUCAUCAACACACUCUCAUCUCUCAAUCACUUGAUACUUCGUUCAAUCAACAUCUCAACAUGAAGGUUUCCAUCAUUGUCGCUGCUCUUUUCCUGGGAGCGUCCAGUUUUGUCGCUGCGUCUCCGGUCCCUACCGUUGGGACCACCCCUGGCGUUAUUCCCGCCCCUCCCCCGAGCUCUUCACCGCAGUCGGGGGGUUCCACGACCGCUAUGGGUGGAUCUGGUGGAUCUGGUGGAUCUGGUGGUGCCGGUGGCAAGGCCAACGGAGGUGACGGCGGUGACAAGAAUGAAGGUGGCAAGAGCGGUUCUGCGAAGGCGUUUACAUCUCUCGUCACACCAUCAGUCGGGAAAACUGCUUAUGAUUUGUAGCAGUAAUGACAGGGGAAGUAGCGCUAUCGCCGGUAAUGUUGUCGGUAACGGUGGAGACGGCGGUUCCGCCUAUGGUGGUGAUGGUGGUGCCGGAGGCAAUGCCCUCGCCGUUGGUACCUACCCGAGCAACAAUGUCAAUGCUGUCAAUGGUAACUCAGUCAAUGUUCGUGGUGGAAGAUCUUUAAAGCAAAAACAACAAAAAAAUGGUGGAGUGAUGGUAUUGUAGGAUUAUUGUCUUUACU